AUGGAGGAUCUGCAGUAGGAUUAAAAAGCAUCAGAAAGUGAAAAUUAAAUAAAGCAGGAGAGUAUAUUAACCAAUAAUUAAGACAAAGCCCAUUCGAAUAAUCAAUCUAACGAUUAGUCAAAUAAACCAAAGAUCCCAACUGUGUACCCCCCUAAUCAGCCAACAAUAAUUAUCGGUCCUAAUUCAAUUAGAGCAGUUCCAAACCCAAAUAUCACUGUUAACUCUGGCUCUAAUAAUGUGCUGAUGCCUGGAUAGCAAAUAUACCCAUCACUGGGAUCAUCUUCAAAUGAGAGAGGCAACAGAAGACUUCGAGAGCAUUAAACUUACUAUUAGGGUAGUGUGAAUGAUCCCAACUUUGCUAAACUUAGAGGCACUUUUCUGAAUGAUAGUACUAGCAAUUUAAAGAUGAUGAAUGCUGAUGGCAAUAUUAAUAGUAGCAAUAGAAUGAUGGAUGAAUACGAUGAUGAGGAUGAGGAUGACUACAGAGAUGGAGAGUAUGGAGGGUAAGGUUUCAUGAAUGAAAUGGACUUUAUGACCUGGGACUUGAUAGUCAAAAACACACCUAAGUUGGCUUAGAUUGAACUGCUUUUACAUAAAAACAUGGUCAAGAAUAAGAAGUUCUUCACACUUUACAAUGAGUACUAAUACAAUCCUCCAUUCCUAAUCUUCUACUAAAAAAAAACUUAUAAAGAAGGGAAUGUUGACCUAUAACCCCCUUAAGACUCAAAUAUUGCUAACUUUCAUGAGUAUCUAGGAGUACCACACUAAUGUGAGCUGGUUAAGUUUUAUGAAGACUUUAAUUUAAUGAAAUACCCAAAAAACCCAAUAAUGAUGGUCAAAAGAAAAUUUUUCUUGGUGUAAUACGAGCCAGAUCUUUUGCAUGCAGUCGAUGGCUUAGGUAAGGGAGUGAUUAUUUUACCUGUUCAUGGCAAUUUCCUAAUCAAGAUUUAUGAUUCAGCUGUAACUUUACCCAAUACAAAUGUGGCUGAAAGCUAUCUUAAUUGUAUCAAACCCUUGAUGGAGAUGGCAGCUUUACUGAUGAAAAAUUGA